AUGAUACAAAAAGAUAGUUAUCAAAUUGAAGAAAUAUCACAUGACAAGGUGAUCAAACCAUUGGAAGAAUGGAUGAAACAUCAAAUAAAGGAGAAAGGUGUACCUGCAUUUGCAUUGACAGUGACCAACAGAACAACACCAUUAUUUAGCAACAUCUAUCACCAUCCAAACAUCAAGACACCAUUACUGUCACCCACAAAGUCGCUGUUCAAGGUUGCAUCGGUCAGUAAGCUGUUCACCUAUGUUGCACUGCUUCAGUUGGUCGAACAAGGUAAAAUCAAUCUCAACGAUCCAAUCACAAAAUACAUCCCUGGCUUUAAAGUAAAGAAUCCACCAACUAGACCAGAUUCCGAUGAUCUUUACAAAACUAUCACUGUAUUUAAUUUGAUUAGACAUACUAGUGGAUUAAUAAGAGAACCAAUUGGAGGUAAUUAUUUUAAUUAUCAACAAUGUAAUCUUGAAGAAUUGGUCAUAUCAAUGAAUCAAUCUACAUUGGUCUCUGUUCCAGGUACAACUUACAAAUAUUCAAAUGCUGCUGUUGCAAUGGCUGUAUUUGCAUCAGGAAUAUCAUUUGAAGAAUAUUUGGAAAAGAAUGUAUUUGAAAAGAUUGGAAUGAAUGAUUCAACAUUUAGAGACAUUCAUAAUAAUACAAGAUGUGAAAAGGAGGAUCAGGUUAGAUUGACAGUUGGCCAUCAAUGGAGAUACUGGGAUGAGACAAAGACGGAUACGGGAGUGUUUCAAGAGGCUCCAUUGACUCAUUUUGGAAUGUUCCCUGCCGGAUGUCUAAAGACUACACUACCAGACAUUCAAAAGUUUCUACGUGUCAUUUUGAACAAUGGUAGUCCUUUGUUGAAAGAGUCUACAUAUUUGUUGAUGAUCACUCCACAGCCACUCGACAAACCACUCACUGAACCAAGACAGACGUUAAAGUACGCACCGUCACCAUACGGAGACGAGCACGGACUGGGUGCUGACGUAUCACCCCUUUUCAACUUGUUACAGGUGCGUCAUGGAGGUGCUAUCAAUGGGUUUGCAAGUGACUUUAGAGUGAUUCCAGAGCUUGGUAUUGGAUUCUAUGGUGUGACUACACUGGACUGUGCCAACACGAUCACGUACAACAUGGUAGAGUAUUUUGUACAUUUACUUAUUAUGGCCAAGCCACCUAGCCAUUUGCCACAUCUUGAUAUGGUGGCAGUCAAGCGAUGCGGGGAUUUGGUCGAGUCGAGCUUGUUGGCCAAACCGCUGACCGAGCAAGAGACUAACCAGGUGGUCGGUGUCUACAAAUACAACGACACCAACUCGGUCGACUCUAAUGUACUGCGCGACACUAACCGAUACACCGUCUACCCUGAAUACGACGGCAACGUGUAUUUACGAACACAAUUUAUCAACAAGCUCGCCACCAUCCACAACAGUGUCACACAAGCUGCAGACGGUACCAUUCCAAUCGUGACCAACGAUAGAUUGUCCUAUCUACAAGUACUCAAUGUUAAAUUGGCCCAGGAUGGUGGUCACCUCGUCAAUGAUGGUGUCUUUAAAAAGUCAAAGGAGGAUACACAGCGAUAUCCACUGCUCUACCAGCCAUACUACCCACUACCGUCCCCUUCGACACCCCCACCUCACGCCAACACACUCUUUGAGAGUUUGUGCGGACACUAUCAUGCUCAAGACCAAAUCGUGUUGGUGUUUGAAGAGGAUGGAAUGUUGUCAAUGUGUAUCGAGUGGUUCUUUAUCUACCACCUCUACAUCAAGAACCAGUAUGAGGAUCGCAUCGAGUUCCAGCUGGCUACAGACUGCAUGUACAAUGACGAGCCUGUCACUAUCUACUUUGACACCUCUCUCAAUGCCGCUGGCGACAAAGUAUACCGUCCCAAACUAUUCUCACUUGCCGGUAUCCCAUUUGUCUACCAUAUAACCGGUCCAAUCCCCGGUCAAAUCCAAGAGGGUGUAGAGAAAGAGUCGGUCGUCAAAGCUAUCGUAGCUAAAUCAGUCAGUGUACCAUGUCCACACCCACAACCACCAACCAAUGAGUUGGUAGAUCUCUCCACCCUCCAUCCCACACUAAAGAUUGAUGUAAAGUAUGCUACAAGUGAUAACUUUGCCGGUGUCCAAUUCUACCCCAUUGCCAAAGCAUUCUUGCACCGCAAGUCUGCCGAAUCACUGGUGCGUGCACAUCAAUGGCUUGAACAGUGGGGAUUGGGUAUCGUAGUAUUUGACGCCUACCGUCCUUGGAAUGUGACGUGGGCCAUGAGCGAGUCGGUCAAGCAAGAGUACCGCGGAUUAUAUGUUGCCGACCCCGCCAAGGGAUCAGUACACAACCGUGGUGGUGCAGCCGACAUCUCCCUCUAUGACCUCAAGACAGGUCAAAUCAUCCAAAUGCCCGGUGAAUAUGACGAGUUUUCAGUCCGUUCACAUCGAUCCUAUUUCGGUGGCACUACCCGCCAAAGAUGGUCCAAAAAACUAUUGACCAUUGCCAUGAUGAAUCAUGGAUUCCUUCCCUACCCACAAGAAUGGUGGCAUUUUGAUUUUACAGAAUCAUUCCCAGUUUUAAAUGUUCAAUUUAAAGAUUUAAUCAAAUAA